GGUUUGUAAUCUGCUUGGGUAGAAGCAAAUAAAAAAUCCCAAGAAUUGUGGUUCGUGAUCGGCACGCGCAUUUUCGUUUCGGCUCUGUCUCUCCUUGGGAUUUGAGAUAAAUUUCUUUGAGAUAAGCCAUGGGUUUCUUCUUUAAGGGAAUGAAUGAAGAUCUGUCUGACUGCCCCUUUAAUGAGGGGGAUAUUCAGAAAUGUCCAUUUCUAAGGAACAUCAACAAACCCACAAGCUUUUCAUUCUCGGCAGUGAAUUUUCCAAUGCCUGUACGGGGAGCCAAGGGUCCAAUAUUUGAAGAUGGUCCAAAUUUUAGCACAGCUUUUAAGCUCUUUCAUGGGAAGAAUGGGGUUGUUCCUCUUUCAGAGAGGUCUUCUUUUUAUAAUGAUAAUGAGCUUGAGCCUGCAUCCCAGUUCAAUCCCUUGGCAGCAAAAGCUGCCACGAUCAGCCUAUCAACAUUUGGUUUAGGAGGUCCGUUCAGCUUUGGCCCCUUUGAUGACAAAUGGAAGAAGAAGCAGCAGAAGAAAUCUGAGGCACCCAACAAGAGAGACACGUCUUCACAGGUAGAUAUGUUCUUUGGCAAAUUUAGCAUUAAGUCUAAUAAGGGAAUUGAUCUAAUAAAAGUUAAAGGUAAAGGAAAAUUCAUUUGAUUAGGCGAUCAUUUUCAAUCAAGCCCUGGGCUUGCAACUGUGGAAAGGCAAGGGAUUUUAAGAUGGGCCAUUUAAAUAAUUCUUAUUCUGUGAAAAAUCAAUCCAAGAUAUUCAUGUAUAAAAAGUUGCUUUUGUUUCA